UAUACGCUAAAAUAUUUGUUUACCUAUUUUCUCUUAAUUCCGGAAACAACUAAAGUUGUGAUAUAAGACCAAGCAAAAAAAACUACCGGGAUAUAACUAGCCACUCUAGUAAAAAUAAGUGAAAGGGUUGAAAGGUGUAAAUAGUGUAGGAUUAAGAGCACAAAUGGAGUAAGGUAGUAAAACGAAUUUGUUAAGUGCAAUGAAGUAAAAGUGAAUCAUCGAACUUUCUGAAACACCUAGAAACGGAAAGUGAGUAGUAGUUUAUUACGAUUAAACUAACAUCAUCUUACAUACUGAUAUACUUCCUCCGUUCCCCUAAUAUUGCAACAAUUAUCAUUUUAGAUAGUUUCACAAAUAUUGCAACAUUACCAUAUAUUCUCAUACUUUCUCUCUAUCUCUCUCCUCAUACUAUGGGUCCCUAUAUUUAUUUCUCUCUAUCUCUCUCCUCAUCUUAAAUUCUAUGUCUUCCCCCAUUGUUGCGAUAUUAGGGGAACAGAGGAAGUAUAAUAUUAAAGUAUGGUCAAAGUGGGUUAUAUGAAAAGUAUAUUUAUGCUAAAUCUUAUAAUAGGAAAUACUUGGCAACUAUUUUGGCUUUUUGACAUUGUCAUGUAAGUGUAGUGGAUUUUCUUUUGCUGCUCAUUUUAUGGUUUGUAUUAAUAAUUGGAUUUAUACGCUUUUAUUUACCCUUUUAAUUAUAGGUGGGGGAUGUUAUAUCAUUUACUCCAUAAUUGCCUAGCUUCUAAAAAUUCCCUAAAUACUAGAAGGUAAUUCGAAGUAAUGGUUUGACAAUAAGAAUCCACUGUGACGAGGGUGAGAAUAAGUAUUUAUUUUCCUUUUCAUUUUCACUAAGGCUGAGGAUGAGAAUGGAAUGAGGCAAAUAGAAUUGAAAGGUGAUUAAUUGGGUCAUAUAUUGCUUAAUAGUAGUCUUGUUGCUUGUACGGAUUAACUGCUUAAUGGAAUACCUUUUUAUGACAUGACUUUUUUGCCAAUUGUCAUUUCAUCUUAAGAGCUAUUACCAAGCAGCUAUUAUAAGUGUCAUAGUUUAAAAUUUUAGAAGCCUAGAUAAUGUAGAAGUAUACGCAUUGCCCAUGUAUAAAACUGAAAUAUUCAUUAAGACUUAUCUCAAAUGAGUACUGGUCUUUUACCAGCUUUAAUUUGAAUGCUCCUUUUUUGACAUCUUUAAUGUUAGUGCAAGGGUAAUUACCUUGAGAUUUUUAUUUGACUAGUGAAGGACUGUAGAUAAUUCUUUUGUAGGAUUUUGCAUAUUGAUAGCAUUUCCCUAUAAUCAUGUUUGACAAGGGGUUGUGAAAGUUGGUUUUGUUAUAAGUUAUCCUGGCAUAUGAUGUUACGUAGUGAGACUGUGAGAUGCUCAUUUGUGCUUUAAAAAUCAUGGUUUAGUGAGACUAAAAAAGUUAUUUGUGACACAUGAUCUCUGGUGUUUGCUGGGAACAAGGAAUUCGCCAAUCGUCUUCUUGGAAGAAACUGCCCAAAAGAGAAGAUUCAGUCAGGGGCUUCUGGGCCAUAAAACACUGUAUACAUAGCUUCAGCAUGUUUGAUUUUCUGAAGGACGUGGUGAGCAAGGUUCCUGAUUAUGGUAAUUCUGAUGCAAAUGCAGAUGACCGAACUGCUAUGAAGAGAAGGAAAUCUGCUGUUGACGAGUAUCAUGACAGUGAUGAAGAAUUGAAGAAAAGCAGGAUGCAAGAAAUGAGCCAUGCCAGCGGCAGUGGUAGAGGUAGAGGGCGAGGCCGAGGGAGAGGUCGUGGGCGGGGAAGGCCCCCAUUAGAAAGAGAGACACCCUCUCACCAUGAGAUGGAAGCCGAGCCAUCGACAGUUUUUGAGCCUAUCAACAAGCCCUGCCCUAUCCAAGUACCCAACACAGACGAUGAUCCCAAUAAACCAGAUCCAAUGAAGGAGAGUCCUGUUGUGGGUGAUGCAGACACGGCAGUCCGGAAUUUUGAUUUAAAUGCUGACGUAGUAGCUGCUGAAAACCAGGAAGUAGGACCCACUGUAACAGCAACAGAAAAUGCUGCUGCAUCAGUUGAACCACCUCCUGAAAGCAAGAAUGAAGAGUUGCUCUCUGAGGUUGAUGGGAUGGCCAUCGACCCACAUCAGAUUGCCCAAUUUAACUCAAGAAUAGACGAAGAUGAGGACUAUGAUGAAGAGUAGCUGGUGAAAGUGUCAAUGUAGGAGAAAAUAGGAGAAAAUGUAGAUGAAAGUGGAGACCUAUUCCUUGGGGGGGUUAAGGAAAGACACUAGAAUCCUUUAAUUAUGGUCUCUGCUGGAUCUGUAUAAUUGAUGAUUAGUAGGUUUUCUAAUUAGGUUGUAAGGCUUGCAUUGUUAUCAUCUUUAGUUGCAGAAAUUUUUAACGUAGUUGGAUGUCACAGUGCACAGUCUCGUCAUUUUCGGAGUACUCUGAAUGUUUUCUCUUUAUGUUCU